AUGCAAGUGCCGGUUCUCGGCUGCACUUUCCUCACGCUGUCAGAUCGUGAGGAAAGUACUGCCGAGAACCGGCAGUUGUCAGAGCGGGGAUCGGCACCAAUCAUCAGGGCACUGAUGAUCAGUGCCCUGAUGAUCGGUGCCCAGCAGUGCCACCCACAAGUUCCACCCACCUGUGCCCAGCACUCCGCCCACCUGUGCCCAGCAGAUCACCCACCUGUGCCCAGCAGUGCACCCACCUGUGCCCAGCAGUACACCCACCUGUGCCACUCUGCAGUGUCACACACCUGUGCCCAGAAGUGCCACCUACCUGUGCCCAGCAGUGCCACCCACCUGUGCCCA